GGGGAUACAUGCUGUUGGAUAUGCGACAAAUGCGAGGAACACGAGUACGUCUACGAUGAAUCCACAUGUAAAGAUUGCGGGCCAGGAUUUUGGCCUUAUAAAGACAAACUGUCCUGCUAUGCACUGGAGCUGCAGUACAUGCGCUGGAACACGCCAUACGCUUUGGUCCCGGCAGCAUUCUCUUGCCUGGGCAUCCUAGUAACCUUCGCCGUCAUAAUCCUAUUCAUAAAGCAUAACGACACGCCGCUAGUUCGAGCCUCAGGACGAGAACUGAGUUAUAUGUUACUCUUCGGGAUUUUCCUAUGCUAUUUAAAUACUUUCGCGCUCCUAGCAAAGCCAACUACCGAAAUCUGUAUCACCCAGCGGUUCGGAGUAGGCGUCGGAUUCUCGAUAAUAUACGGGGCACUUCUCACCAAGACCAACAGGAUCUCCAGAAUAUUCGAUUCCGCAUCUAAGUCAGCACAGAGGCCCAAUUACAUCAGCCCUAAGUCCCAGGUGAUAAUAACUUGUACGCUUAUUGCCGUGCAAAUUAUUCUUACCUUGGUAUGGAUGGCUGUUGAGCCACCGGGCACAAGAUUUCACUACCCCACCAGGAAUCAGAUUAUACUAAAAUGCAAAAUCCAGGAUAUGUCCUUUUUAUUCAGCCAGCUCUACAAUAUGGUCCUAAUCACAACCUGCACUGUUUACGCUGUCAAGACCCGCAAAAUCCCUGAGAACUUUAACGAAUCUAAAUUCAUCGGUUUCACUAUGUACACCACAUGCAUCAUAUGGCUGGCAUUCAUCCCAAUCUACUUUGGCACUGGCAAGGCGUAUGAGACCCAAAUCACCACCCUGUGCGUUGCGACUAGCAUGAACGCUACUGUUGCUCUGGUUUGUCUCUACUCGCCCAAAGUCUACAUCAUCGUACUCCACCCCGACAAGAACGUGAGGAAACUUACAAUGAAUAGUGCUGCUUACAACAAAUACAACAAUUCCGGUUCUGGUCCCACUACUUCAUUCGCCGCCCCUUCUACCACUCAAAAAGCCAACUCUGACGGAACCGAAACAAUUUUGAUGCAACGCAUGGGACCAAACACUCCCUCAAUAAACUCAUGCACAGGCACCACUGGUGACCCGCUGGACAGCAUAGCUCUACUAUAAACUGCUGAUGAUACCACCAAUAUAAAACACUGUUCCCGGACUGAUACCUUUGACCGAUUUUAACGAAACAUUGCAAUAUAUCAUUCAUUGCACCACCUAACUUUUUUUUGUGUAGCAGUCUUCUAGGCAGUCACUGAAUUUACUAUUCAAUGACGCUGAACUGGAAGGCUUGCUACAACAAAGGACAUUUUAACGAACCCUACUAUGAAUUGAAAUCUCUCAAACGGCAGGCAAAAUAUGAAAUAAAUUUCGAAAUUUGUCAAUAAAUUUGUCAAUUAUGAAGCGUACUCUUCUUUUUCAAUAAAUCUAAACAAUGGGAAAUUUUUACAACUACAAAUGCCUGCGAGUAAAUGAACAGCAGUGUUGGAAGGGUUUCAAACUCUUCACAAUCGCUUUGUUCAAGCUUCGUAUUUUAAAAUUAUAUUUGUUUGAUAUUAGUUAAUUUAUUUUUUAAGACAAUCUGUAAGUAUUAUUAAGUAGAGUUUUUCUUUAGCGACAUAUUCUCUGAACAUAUUAAAUAUUUUAUUAAUAUAAAAAAUGACUGACGGGAGAAUAUGUUUAGUUAUUGUGAUAUUUUGUUAUACAUUAUAUAGUUUAAAUUAGCAAAAAAAAUGUCUUUAAGAGACAAAGAUUGCUAUGUAACUGUACUUUAAAUCAUUAAGAGAGUGCGAAUAAAAAUAGGCCUAACUGUGUAGCUCAAAGAUGAUACUUUAAUGGUUUAGGUAUGUUACAUAACAAGUCAAGAGUAGGUAUAUAUUUAUUUAUAAGAUGUUAGUACCAUUCCAUGGUGAUUUCAAUCUGCAACAUGUAGCGGAAGGUCACAUAUACUCAUUCACUGUUAUUUACUUCUUAAGGUACUUUUUAGUUCAUAAAGUUUUCUUGCUUUAACGAUAUUUGAUCUUUCUCUACAUCGAUAAGUGUCCCAGCUAACAUUUAUUGAAUGUUUUAGAUUAGUGCCUAUAGAUUUUUCAAAACUACAAAAUUUAGAUCUUAAUCGAUCUCUAACUGUUCUGUUAUCUGUAACUCUACCCUGGGACGUAUAUACUUACUAGAUAUUAGAAUAAAUACUAGUUUAAUGUUAGAGAAAGGGUUGUCCCUCUAAAAUGCCCAGCAACUGACGAAUAGGCCUAACAGAGUUUUCUGUAACGGCGCUGUUAACCUCAAGUUUGGAGUUGAAUAUUUCUUCUAUGUUUUCAACCAAAAUUACGUUAAUUUAAAACCUCGUGUUCUCGCUAGUUACGCACAAGACAAAUUAAGUCGGGAAAUACGUUUU